AUGGCUCCCACAACCAUCCGUCUCGGGACUGCCUCUCCCGCCACUCAAUCCACAACUUCUGAGACCUUGAUCCAACUGGAACACAUUGCGCGGCGCGCAGCCUCCAAGAAGAUCGAUAUCCUCCUCUUGCCCGAAGCAUAUAUUGGGGGCUAUCCGCGGGGGUCCAGCUUUGGCUGUGUUGUAGGCUCGCGCAGCACAGAAGGCCGUGACGAGUAUUUACGCUAUUUCCAAAAUGCCGUCGACCUCGGCGACUCUGUAGGUGAUGGCGCUGGCGCUGGAAAGGCUUGGAUCAACCGCGAAUUGCCUAGCGAUGUGGUGCCCGGAUCUGAGGGCGAGAAGCCAUCAAAGGCAAAAAGGGGAGAUGGUACACGCGAGGAGCUCGAGAGAAUCGCCCGUGAAACAGGAGUAUUCAUCAUUACUGGUCUGAUCGAGCGAGCCGGUGGAAGUCUUUACUGCGCUGUAGUCUACGUGUGUCCGCGAUUGGGAAUCAUUGGGAAGAGGAGAAAAGUUAUGCCAACUGGAUCAGAGCGUCUCAUCUGGGCCCAAGGCUCGCCUGCCACUCUUCGUGCCGUCAGCACAACGAUUCGCGGUGUCCGUAUCAACUUAGCGGCCGCCAUCUGCUGGGAAAACUACAUGCCCCUGCCCCGUCGCACGUCCUUUGUGACGGAAGAUGGCUUCGAGAUAGCACUCCCCGGUCCGUCGCACUCCCCUCGUUCGUCUCAUUCCCAAGCCCCACCGCCACCAGCCGCCCGUCGACGGCAAUCCAUCUUCGACGAAGACGGUAACGAGAUCGUUCUGCCCGGUCCAAAACCGCAUAAAACGCCAUCCCCUCGACCGGCAUUACAACCCCGCCCCGCAGCAGUCAUAAGUUCAACUUCAACACAUACACCACCCAAGCCCGAACCAGCCUUCCUCUCGCGUGGUGGGUCAGCAAUCGUCUCUCCUUUUGGCGAUGUCCUUGCCGGUCCGCAGUGGGAAGAUGAUGAAGGGCUUAUCUGGGCGGAUGUUGAUUUUGACGAUUGCGUCAGGGGCAGGUUGGAUCUGGACGCCGCGGGAAGUUAUUCGAGGAAUGAUAGUUUCAAGCUUUCAGUGGACGGACUGGAUCUCACCCCAUUGCCUUACUAUUAA